AUGUGGGCCGGGGCGCUCGAAUGCGUCGUGACCACCGUGGUCCUGGUGCAUGCGUUCCGUGCGCUUGCGACGGUGCCCACGCCACGUACGCGCUCCUACGAUGCCUGGGGCCAGGCGUCCCAUGGCACGGUUCGGCGGAUCGGCUCCGUUCGCCGACGUGCCUCGGUCGCAGAGGCCCUACGCAUUGUGGCUGUAUGGAGUGCGUAUCAAUGCGUGCGACCGAUCCUCACGCAUCCUGUCGUGUGGCUCCUUCCUUUCGUAUCCACCAUCCACCUGCUGUGGCUCAUGUGGAUGCUGCUGCAUCCACCUAUGGCAUCCCAUGUCGUAUGGGCCAGCCUGCUGCCUUGGGUCCGCAGGCACGAAGUGCUGAUUGACGAGGCGUGCUUAUGGGGCCUGGGCGCAUGGCUCUUUCUCGGCAGUCAAUUCCGCCGACUUGGGCGGCGCUCCUCCCCCGAUGCGCAGGAGGCCCGAGAAGUGGAAAAGCUGUGCGUCGAGUCCACGGCGGCCCCUCAUGAUACCCAACACGCGGCCUAUACCCCGCCCACGCCGCCUCCCCCAGCACGCCGCCUGCCCAAGCGCAGCGCACCGGCCCCACAGCCCCCCCAGCCGCGUCCCACGACAGCUCCACGAGCUCCGCCUCCCACCCGGAUCCCCACCUUGCGCCGAUCAAAACGCACCGCCUCGGCCCCCCACUCUCCAUCGAAACGGCGAAAACGCGCACCUCAGACGUCGCGGGCGCCCCGAGCUUCGCCGGGCAUCCGCACUCGUUCUCAGCGCGCCCAAGCCGCUUGUCCAUAA